UGUGUUUGUCUAGAACUCAGCCCACACAGACGGGUGAAGGUUCCGAGGCUGCUCUGCCGCAUACCCUCCAGCCCAGCUCUAUGCCCUUUCUCAUGUUCUUCAGUUCCUAAUUCCCUCCCUGGAGCUGAUUUCUUUCCUCUCUUGGGUCCCCACAGCACCACCCGAGCCCAAUCGCCAGCUGGCAGUGCCCGGGGCGGGGUCAAUGAAGCGCAACACGAAGAAAGUACAGCUCUCCACCGGGGAGAGUAAAGAGUCCCAGGGCGUUGCCUACGAGGGGGUGGAGAACCAAAUGGAUGCCACAGAGGAAGAUGUAUUUAAGGUUAUUUUUAAAGGAAAUGUAAAGGGGUUACAAAGCUUCAUCAUGAAACAUCGUGACGGUUUAUGUAGAUAUGAUGAACUAAAUGCCACGCCCUUGCAUCAUGCAGCUGCACAAGAUCAAGUUGAACUGCUGGAAAUGAUUAUCAAUGACUCCUCAUUUGAAGGACUGAAUAUACUGGAUAUUUCAGGAAAUACCCCUUUGCAUUGGGCUGUUGAAAAAAAACAAGUUGAAAAUGUUAAAUGUCUUCUUAGCAGAGGAGCUGAUCCAAACAUUUGCAACAACAACUUGCUAGCACCCAUUCAUCUAGCUAUUCAAUGUUUUCAUAAUGAUAUAGUGAAGAUUUUGAUUGAGCACAAUACUACUGAUGUUAAUUUAAUAGGAGAAAAUGGAAACACACCCCUGAUGCUGGCCUGCUCCAAAGAUAAUAGUGAAGCACUAAAACUUUUGGUGGAAAAUGGGGCGAAAAUAUGUAAAACAAAUAAAUUUGGAUGUUUUCCAGUGCACAUAGCUGCAUUUUCAGGUUCUAAGAAAUGCAUAGAAAUGUUGUUAAAGUUUGGUGAAGAACAAGGAUUUUCCAGGCAAUAUCAAAUCAAUUUUCUCAAUAAUAGAAAUGCAAGUCCUCUCCAUCUUGCUGUUCAAAGUGGUGACUUAGAAAUGAUUAAAAUCUGCCUGGCAAAUGGAGCACAGAUUAAUCUAGAGGAGAAUGGGAAAUGCACAGCUCUUCAUUUUGCUGCCACUCAGGGAGCAAUUGAGAUUGUAAAACUUAUGAUUUCCUCUUAUUCCGGCAGUGAGGAUAUUAUUAAUACAGUAGAUGGAAAUAAUGAAACAUUGCUUCACAGAGUAUCAUUAUUUGAUCACCAUGAACUGGCUGAAUAUUUAAUUUCAAUGGGAGCAAAUAUUAACAGUAUUGAUGAUGAAGGGCGUUCUCCACUUCUACUAGCAACUAGUUCUGCAUCAUGGAAUAUAGUGAAUUUAUUACUUUCUAAAGGAGUUGAUGUAGAAAUAAAAGAUUAUUUUGGACGGAACUUUUUACACUUAACUGUCCUCCAGCCUUAUGGACUAAAAAAUUUGAAGCCAGAAUUUCUACAGAUGCAAUGUGUUAAAAAUCUGGUAAUGGAUGAAGACAUUGAUGGUUGUACUCCACUACAUUAUGCAUGUAGUCAAGGUGUACCUCUUUCUGUAAAUAACUUGCUUCGCUUAGAUGUUUCCAUUUGUAUCAAAAGCAAAGAUAACAAAUCACCUUUACAUUUUGCUGCCAAUUUUGGCCGAAUAAACACCUGUCAAAGACUUGUUCGUGAGAUGACUGAUACAAGACUUUUGAAUGAAGGUGACCAGAAUGGAAUGACUCCAUUACAUUUGGCAGCAAAAAAUGGACAUGAUAAAGUAGUCAAAUUUCUCUUGAAGAAAGGUGCUUUAUUUCUCAGUGAUCAUAAUGGUUGGACCGCUCUUCAUCAUGCUUCUAUGGGAGGAUACACUCAGACCAUGAAGAUAAUUCUUGAUACUAAUGUGAAAUGUACAGAUCAUGUAGAUGAAGAAGGGAACACUGCUCUUCACUAUGCUGCACAAGAAGGACAUGCCAAGGCAGUUGCACUACUUUUGGAUUAUGAUGCUGAAAUUCUCAUGAACAAGCAAUCGGCCUCCUUCUUGCAUGAAGCCAUUCAUAAUAGGAGAAAGGACGUAGUUAUUACUACCAUUAAGAGCAAAAGAUGGGAUGAAUGUCUGGCUGUAUUCAAUGCUAUUUCUUUAACCAAUACAUGUCCUAUAUUGGAAAUAAUAGAAUACCUUCCUGAAUGCAUGAAUACUCUUUUAGAUAUCUGUAUUGUGGAGUCCUCAGAGGAAAGGUCAUGCUCAAAUUUUCAUGUUGAGUACAAAUUUAAGUAUCUUCAAGUUCCAUUAGAUUUCAGAAGGAAAGAAGACAUUAAUAGUACAAUUUAUGGUCCACUGACUGCACUCAAUGCAAUGGUAAAACAUAAUCGUAGAGAACUUCUUAACCACCCUGUUUGCAGAGAAUAUUUACUCAUGAAAUGGAUGGCUUAUGGAUUUAGAGCUCAUAUUAUGAACCUAGGAUUUUACUGUCUUGGCCUUAUUCCUAUGACAAUUCUCAUUUCUAAUGUAAAGCCAGGUGUGGCUUUCAAUUCAACAGGUAUCAUCAAUAUAACUGACAAUGGAUCAGAACCUUUAGACACUAAGAAUUCAUAUCUCAUAAAAGUUUGUAUGAUUUUAGUUUUUCUGUCAAGCAUAUUGGGAUUUUGCAAAGAAAUGAUCCAAAUCUUCCAACAGAAAAUAAAUUACUUUUUGGAUCACUCCAAUCUCAUAGAAUGGACAAUUUACACAACUAGCAUCAUUUUUGUGUCACCUUUAUUUAUCAGCAUACCAGCUUGCCUCCAAUGGCAGUGUGGAGCAAUUUCCGUUUUCUGUUUCUGGAUGAAUUUUUUGUUGUAUUUGCAGAGAUUUGAAAAUUAUGGGAUCUAUGUUGUAAUGUUGUUAGAAAUUACUAAAACCUUGCUGAAGACUACUUUUGUAUUUUUCUUCCUAAUUUUGGCUUUUGGACUUGGCUUCCAUGUUCUCCUGGGUUUCCAAAGUACAUUCAAGACCCCAGUGCUCUCUAUAAUGCAGACGUUUAGCAUGAUGCUGGGAGACAUUAAUUACCACGAGUCAUUCCUUGAGCCAUUUCUUGAAGAUCGUUUGCCAUAUCCCCUUCUAUCAUUUUUAUUCCUUGUCGUCUUCACCCUAUACAUUCCAAUUGUUCUGAUGAAUUUACUUAUUGGUUUGGCAGUUGGUGACAUUGCUGAGGUACAGAAGAAUGCCUCUUUGAAAAGGAUUGCCAUGCAGGUGAAACUUCAUACCAGUUUAGAGAAAAAACUGCCAUUUUGGUUCCUGAGUAAAGUGGACCACGAAUCGAUCAUUGUGUAUCCUAAUAGGAGGAAGAACUUUGGAUUCAUGAACAUGUUCCAGUACUGGUUUUGUGGUCGAUAUACAAAACCAGAAACGCACUAUUCUGAUAACACUUUAGAAGUUGAAGUUUUGAAGCAGAAAUACAGGCUGAAGGAUCUUGGUGUUCUCCUAAACAAGCAACAUGAGCUCAUCAAACUCAUCAUUCAGAAGAUGGAGAUUAUAUCUGAGGCUGAGGAUGAAGAUAGCAGUUUUUCAUAUCAACAAAGAUUUAGAAACCAACAGUUAGAGAAAAAUAGCAAGUGGCACACUGUACUAAAAGCAAUGAAAGCAAAAACAAAUUGUCUUUAGCAUCACCCUUAUUCUUUCUCUUAAAUUUGCUACCCUUGUUAACUGGGUUCAUUUGGAGUUUUGUUCAUUUUCUCAUAUCUAGUUUCCAUUUCUGAAGGAGAGGAGGGAAGAGGAAGAGAGAGUUGUGAUUUUAAAGGCACGAGUAAUUUAAAUAGAAUAAAAUAUCCUUAAAAUUUAUAUAAAAUUAAACAACUCUCUUUAAUCUCCCUGAUAUUUCAUUCAUUGAAAAUAUGUAUAUAUUUAAAAAUAUAUCUCUGCUAAUAUCUUCAACUUGAAAUAUCUCUCUUAUCAUUUGAAUAAAAAAUAAUUUUCUAGACAUUGUAGGAAAAAAAAACCCUCAAAUGAUAAGGUUAUAGAUAGAUAAACAGACAGAUAGCCAUAAAUGUAAGGAUAUUAUUUUAGAGCUCAAAUGUCAAAAAGCAUAACUCUGGGAUACUUAUCUGAAUAAUAAGUUGCUUCGUAGAUCAUAAUCAUAAGAACUAUAUUGAUCCCUGAUUUUUUUGCUAUUCUUGUUUACUCUGUAUCUUUUUAAGAUACUGUAUCUUUUUAAGGUACUAUCCCUGAUUUUAGUUUCCUACCACCAAUGCAUCUGAGGUCAUCAGAGCUUAUACGUCAAUAUAAUAGUACUCUAUUCUGCAUGAAAAGAAUAACCUCUCUACAUGUUGCGCUGUAUUUCCAGUUCUAGAAAUCAUCCUAAUAAACUAUCUCUAGUGUUCAA